CUAUACUUCUACUUCUACCGAACAAAAACAAACCAAUAACCAAACUCUUGCCUCUCAAAAUCAUCUCCCUCUCCCAUGCUCCUCACUUAUUAACCCCCAACUUCUCUUUUCCUUGAGGUCGGAGGAGAUAAAAGAUACAUUCAUCGACCCAACUAUCAUUCUUCUUUCGAGUCGUGAGAACAACUAAUCUCUCUCGACAUACACAAACGACGAUACUAUAUAUAUAUAUAUAUAUAUAGUAUACUCAUGAGAAGUGAAGGUAAUUUGUGCUUGUUUUCUUACUUGAAGUUCUUGCUUCAAGCUUUGGUUGUGGGGCUUUUCUUAUGGAUUUUAAUGGUGGGCUUGCCGGAGAGUCGAGAACGGCCGGCCGUGGAAACAACCAACGGGCUAUUGGCAACCGUGGGAAGCCAUGUGAAGCAAGUGAAGGUACUGCCCAACAACAACCAUCAAGAUUUGGAUCUCAACUUCAUGAGCAAAGUGAGAGUUCCUAAAGGGCCCGACCCUAUUCAUAACAGGAGAGUUGGGAUUAAUGGAGGGCCUCCCAGCCGAGCAUAGAUUCCGUCCAGUUUCAGAAGAAAUGGCAAAAUUUAAAAUUAAUAUGUGUAUUUGUAAUUUUAAUAAAUAAUGUUUAAAAGAAAUCUGGAUUAUAUUAUAUUAUUGUAUAUAAUUUAGGAUAAUUUACAAAAACUGGACUUUGUACUCUGUAGAACUGAAACUGAAACUGGAUGGUGUCAUGGUGUGGGAUCUGUUUCCAA